AUGGAAGUGGAAAUCAUUGCUCGGGAGAAGAUAAAACCAUCUUCACCGACACCUCAAAACCUUAGAAUUCUGAACCUCUCUCUUUUGGAUCAGUUAAUGUUUCCUAUGUAUAUUCGAACUGUAAUGCUUUAUCCCACAACCCACAAUCUCAAUGACACCCCAAAACGAUUGCAGCUGCUAAAGAAAUCUUUAUCGGAGACAUUAAAUCGCUUUUACCCUCUUGCUGGGAAGCUCAGAGAUGAUAUUUCCAUCGACUGCGAUGAUGAAGGAGCUAACUUCGUGGAGGCUAGAGUUCAUUGUACUCUCCAUCAAUUUCUUUCCCAGCCGGACUUUGUCUCCUCACUGGAAAAAUUUCUUCCGUGUGAAUUAGUUUUGAUGGGAUCAGGUGCAGGAGCAUGUAUAACCAACGUUCAAGUCAACGUGUUUGAGUGCGGCGGAAUCGGUAUUGCAUUGUGCGUUUCACACAAGGUCGUUGAUUUUAGUUCGAUCACCACCUUUGUCAAGGCAUGGACUGCCACGGCUCGCGAUGAUUUUUCAGUAAUUCCCAGCUUCGCCGCCUGCUCUCUCUUCCCUGCAGUUACUGAUUUGUCGACCCGAAGUUUGCAUGUGGAGUUGGUUGUUGCAGAAAAAAACUGUGUGAGGAGGAGAUUUGUAUUUGAUGGCCCUGCAAUCACAAGCCUCAAGGCGCGAUCAAGCAGCUCAAGUACUGGGUUUAUCCCGAGCCGGGUGGAGGCAGUUUCAGCUCUGAUAAUGAAGUGCAUGAUCGCUGCCGCUCAGGAAAGACACGGGGGAAAGCCGAGGCCUUCUUUAAUGACUCACGCUGUGAACCUUCGAAGUAGAAUGUCACCGCCUUUAUCAGACAAGGGCAUAGGAAAUUUCGUGUUGGAAGUAGGUCGUAUAAGAAGCGCCGAACAAAGCAGGGAACUGGUUGAGUUGGCAAGGGAGCUUAGAGAUGCUAUAUCGAAAGUGGACGUAAAGAAACUAGGAGCGGAGAUACUGGAAAAGGUGAAAGAAAGAGAUGAGUUAGCAAGUAAAGAAGGAGUAGACUAUGUGGCAUUCACCAGCUGGUGUAGGUUUGGGUUGUACGAAGUAGCUGAUUUUGGUUGGGGGAAACCUGUAUGGAUUACUAAUAAUGUUUCAGAUAGGUUUAAGAACCUUGUUGUUUUAGUUGAUACAAGAUUGGGUGACGGAAUAGAGGCUUGGAUAACCAUGGAUGAGCAAGAGAUGAAUAUAAUAACCAAAAAUAACCAGCAUCAUGAUCUCCUUCAGUAUGCAGCUUUAGAUCCCAAUCCUCUCAUAUACAGUCCCCAAACUUAG